AUGUGUUUCCACUUCCUGUUUCUGGUGCCAUACUUCAAACUGUGCUUUAGCAUCAGCGUCACAUCAGUGUCUCAUCAGUGUCUCAUCAGUGUCAUCAGUGUCUCAUCAGUGUCUCAUCAGUGUCAGUGUCUCAUCAGUGUCUCAUCAGUGUCUCAUCAGCGUCACAUCAGCGUCUCAUCAGCGUCACAUCAGCGUCUCAUCAGCUUCUCAUCAGCGUCUCAUCAGCGUCUCAUCAGCGUCUCAUCAGCGUCUCAUCAGCUUCUCAUCAGCGUCACAUCAGCGUCUCAUCAGCUUCUCAUCAGCGUCUCAUCAGCGUCUCAUCAGCGUCUCAUCAGCGUCUCAUCAGCGUCACAUCAGUGUCUCAUCAGCGUCUCAUCAGCGUCUCAUCAGCGUCACAUCAGUGUCACAUCAGCGUCUCAUCAGCGUCUCAUCAGCGUCUCAUCAGCGUCACAUCAGUGUCUCAUCAGCGUCUCAUCAGCGUCUCAUCAGCGUCUCAUCAGUGUCUCAUCAGCGUCACAUCAGUGUCUCAUCAGCGUCUCAUCAGUGUCAGUGUCUCAUCAGUGUCUCAUCAGUGCCUCAUCAGCGUCUCAUCAGCGUCUCAUCAGCGUCACAUCAGUGUCUCAUCAGCGUCUCAUCAGCGUCUCAUCAGCGUCUCAUCUGUGUCAUCAGUGUCUCAUCAGUGUCACAUCAGUGUCUCAUCAGUGUCUCAUCAGUGUCUCAUCAGUGUCUCAUCAGCGUCUCAUCAGCGUCUCAUCAGCGUCUCAUAAGCGUCUCAUCAGUGUCUCAUCAGUGUCUCAUCAGCGUCACAUCAGUGUCACAUCAGCGUCUCAUCAGCGUCUCAUCAGCGUCUCAUCAGCGUCACAUCAGUGUCUCAUCAGCGUCACAUCAGCGUCUCAUCAGCGUCUCAUCAGUGUCUCAUCAGCGUCACAUCAGUGUCUCAUCAGUGUCUCAUCAGUGUCAGUGUCUCAUCAGUGUCUCAUCAGUGUCUCAUCAGCGUCUCAUCAGCGUCUCAUCAGCGUCACAUCAGUGUCUCAUCAGCGUCUCAUCAGCGUCUCAUCAGCGUCUCAUCAGCGUCUCAUCUGUGUCAUCAGUGUCUCAUCAGUGUCACAUCAGUGUCUCAUCAGUGUCUCAUCAGUGUCUCAUCAGUGUCUCAUCAGCGUCUCAUCAGCGUCUCAUCAGCGUCUCAUAAGCGUCUCAUCAGUGUCUCAUCAGUGUCACAUCAGUGUCACAUCAGUGUCUCAUCAGCGUCUCAUCAGUGUCUCAUCAGCGUCUCAUCAGUGUCACAUCAGUGUCUCAUCAGUGUCACAUCAGUGUCUCAUCAGUGUCACAUCAGUGUCAUCGGUAUCUCAUCAGUGUCUCAUCAGUGUCACAUCAGUGUCUCAUCUCAUCAGUGUCUCAUCUCAUCAGUGUCUCAUCAGUGUCUCAUCUCAUCAGUGUCUCAUCAGUGUCUCAUCAGCGUGA